AUGCCGGUUAAAUUUCCUUUCCGUGGGAAGGACAUCGUGAUCUCCUCCGGCGGAGCGAUUCCCGGUCAUACUCAAGAUCAAGUGAAGAACCUGGCGGAGUGCCUAUCCGCUGCAUACAGCGCACCGGUCACCAAAAGAACUACCCACUUGAUCACUACGCAAAAAGAAGUGGACAAAAAGAUCAUCAAAUACAGGAAUGCUCUAACUUACAAAUGCCAUGUCGUGACCAUCGAUUGGCUCUUGGCAUGUAAAGAGCAGGGAACCAAUGUGUCUGUGGAGAAUUUUCUGAUCAUUCCUACCCCAAAGGGAACCAAGCGAGCGAAUUCAGAAGACUCCGAGCUCGAGGAUUCAAACAAGAGACAAAAGGCCAUGCCGCCGAAAGCUCCUGUUGAUCCAGAAUUCUUCCUAAACAACCCAUUCCCUUCUGAAGUUCCAGCAGUCUGGAUUGACGAAGAAGACGACGUGAUCUGGGAUGCAACGCUCAACCAAACCGACUCAGUAUUGAAUCGCAACAAGUUUUACCGAAUCCAACUCUUGGAAUACCCAGGUGCAGAGAAGAAGUAUUUGACUUGGACCCAUUGGGGUCGCGUCGGCGAGGGUGGUCAGUCAGCCGUACUUAGCGGGCAGAUUGGACAUUCAUACGACUUCAAAUCGGCGAAGGAUCACUUUGAGAAGAAAUUCAAAGCCAAGGCCGGAAUGAUAUGGACACAACGGUUAAUCAAGGCACCUGUGCGCGGAAAAUACACCUUCAUCGAGCGCAGCUACUCAGAGGAUCCUACCGAUGAAAACGUGGAGCCGACCGAGGAGGAGGAACAGAAAUCCCCGUCCCUGCCGCCGAAAGUUGAAUGUACCCUGGACAAGCCUCUGCAGGACCUGAUCUCUUUCAUUUUCAAUGCCAACCAUUUCCAGUCCGCAAUGGAAGCAAUGUCCUAUGACUCUCAAAAGCUACCUCUGGGAAAGCUGAGUGAUCGAACCCUGAAAACAGGAUUUGCUCUUUUGAAGGAAAUAGCUCAACUCCAUGCCGAAACAGUACACAGUGCGCAAUGGCAAGCCGAUAUUGAGCGCAUUAGCAAUCAGUACUUCACUACAAUCCCGCAUAACUUUGGCCGUAAGCGGCCUCCUAUUUUGAUCAGCGAUCAACUUAUCAGAAGGGAGAUUGAGUUGCUUGAGGCCUUGACCGACAUGGACGUCGCCAAUGAGAUUAUGAAAGAUUCUAAGCUCACAUCGGUCCAUGAGCUAGAUCUGCAAUUCCGGGGUCUUGGCAUGAAGGAAAUGUCGAUACUGGAGCAUAGUUCGACUGAGUUCAAGGAGCUGACAAACUACCUGACUAAUUCUCGUGGUGCCACCCAUUCUCUGAACUACACUGUCAUCGAUAUCUUCCGCAUGGAACGCCAAGGAGAGGAAGAUCGCUUCAAGUCGUCUCCCUACUCAGCUAUGCAGAAGAGUGAUCGCCGCCUCCUGUGGCAUGGCUCACGUAGUACGAACUUUGGUGGUAUCCUGAGUCAAGGUCUUCGAAUCGCUCCACCUGAAGCGCCCGUGAAUGGUUACAUGUUUGGCAAAGGAGUGUACCUGGCGGACACCUCCACCAAGUCUGCGAACUAUUGCUGCCCACACUCCAGCGGCAAUAAGGGAUUGCUCUUGCUUUGUGAUGUUGAACUUGGUGAUCCGAUGCUGGAGCUUUACAAUGGCGAUUACACUGCCGAUGAGAAAGCGCGUGCUGCGGGAAAAGUUGCAACUUUGGGACAGGGUCGAACUGUUCCUGCCGGAUGGAAGGAUGCAAGCGUCUUAAACGCUAAUCUGCAGGGGGUCAAGAUGCCCGACAUGACAGCUGGACAACGAAAUGAUGGCAAAGCAUACCUGCAGUACAAUGAGUACAUUGUCUAUGAUGUGGCUCAGAUCAGGCAGCGUUAUCUCUUCUACGUUCAGAUGAAGUGA